AUGAAGAGUGAGUUGCUUGAGCAUGAUUACUUCGACACUGAGAUUUUAUUUCACGGCUAAGUAAAUCCAAGAACUGAUGAUCAUUUAAGAGAACAUAGAGAUCUCCUUAGUCAGUAGGAAGUAGACGAUAUUAAGUCACAACUUAAAGAAGAAUUUAAAGAUCACAGUCCUAAUGAAAGCAGAUACUGCUUAAUGGAGAUCCAGCCAGGAUUUAAAGAUGAGAUUGAUAGCAAGAUAAACUUGCUUAGAUAUAUUAAACUGCCAAUGAUGCUUUUGAUGCCCUCUAUUUCACUUUAUCAUUUGGCAGUAUUUGAUAUUUACUGGUACAGCUAGCCAUUAUUUAAUCUGUUCAUUAUGUAUACAGGAAUAAAGUGCUUUAAAUAGAUAUAGAGAACAAGAAAUACAUUGAUUAGGAUAGAGUACCUAGUGCAUGAUGAUAAGAUUGUGGUAUAGUAUAUACAUCCCUUGAAACAUAAAGUUAUUGAGGAGAUUUAUGAUACAUAGGAUAUAGAGAAAAUGCCCAGGCAAAUAUUUUCCAAGGAUGUAGGAUUCAUAAAUUUAAAGACAGGCAAGCAUUAUAUUACUGAAAAUAUUGGAAUGUGGCAUGAUAGAUAAUUUUUUAAUUCGAUUAUUCACUAAAAGCCAAUCGUUAUUAGAAAAAAGAGAUGA